GAUGAUGGGAAUUUCCAACAGCUGAGGAGGCGUAGCUAGCCGUGGCUAGCACUUGUUAAAGCUUGGCGAUGGCUGAGAAGAAUCACACCAUCAUGAAUGUGUCUUCUACAUGAGUGACCUUGAACUCUACGCAUGCUGAAACCAAGGGAAUAAAUACGACUCUGCAUUAACAGAGCGUGAAGCAAAAGUUCCUCCUGACUUCAUCUUGCAUGACAUAGGCCUGUUUGUCUGGAAACAAGUUGGGCUUUGAGCCAAUGCCAGAGAUGCCCGUGCAAAGGCAUCCCGACAGGCUUCAGCCUAGCUACGCCAACUGAAAGCACCAGACAACUGCAUCUCUUGUUUGAAGGAUGUGCUGCUGAGUGGAUGCAAAGUCUCACUCCUCUUCCACCUCUCCAAAACAUUAACAUUGAGUGUGUGCCAGUGUGUACAGUGAAUUAUGGUGACCAAAAAUGGUGCUUGAAUGUGGCGUCCUGGUGCAAGGUAUGCUAAAAGGGACGAGGCUCUUUCAGAAAAGUAUAACAGCUGACUAACAGUCUGCUGCCGAAAAUGGAUGCCAAGUUAAAAGAGGACCUGUUUCGGAGGUAUGUGACGGCACUGGAGAGACGUCUGGAGGAGGGAGGGGAAUACAUGGGGACUGGAACUACACCAGAGGUGGACAAAAGCAGACACAAGGACAGUGAGGCCCUACUCUCCACAGCCACAGCCCUGCUUGGAGCCUACCAGCCAGAUCCGGGACAACGGUUCCGUAUGGUGCGUUUCUAUGAGGUGGUGGAGAACUCGCUCCGCUGUCAGAGAGGGGGCAGCCUCAAGAGCCUGGAGAGAGCAUUCCACACCCUGGAAACCAUCUGCACCAACCUCUUGCUCUUCCCCUGGAAGAAGGAGUUCAGAUGUAUUAAGACCUUCACUGGCCCAUAUGUGUACCAUCUGCAGUCUGCCAUUUCUGAUGCUGAACUCCGGUCUCUAAUGCGCACCAUUGGCUACGCCUGUGACCAUGAUUCGCAGUUCCAUUUGCAGGAUCACCCAGGAGGCGUAAAUCAUCUCCGCCAGUUGGCAUUUGAGCUCUUCCUGGCCCAGGCAGAGUGUCGUCUUCUGGGAGAGGUAGUGGCUCUGGCCCGUGGUUCAGCUUCAGAGCUGGAAGCCCUGGAACUCCGCAGAGGUUGCAGAGAUGAUGCAGCUGGCUGUGCCGAGGCACUGCGCAGACGCGACAGCCUUGGGGCAGAUAUGGCUAGGCUGUCUGUGCGGCCGCUGGAUAUAGAGAGGCCUCAUGCUCACCACCUGAGGCGAGGUAGCCGACCGUCUAAGUCUGUGGAUGUUACAGAUGGGGCUGGUCACUGGCACGCAGCGGUUAGCAAGCCCGUGUUGAAGGCCUCAUUGAGUCUAAGGAAGGAACCUCUGUUUGUGGAUACAGAGGAGGAUAUGAAGGAUGAGAUUAUCAGGCCCAGCACCUCAGCAUCUCUUUUCUCUGUGGCAGCUCCACCUUCCUAUAGCCCUGUUGCAGAUUUUUUCCCAAUUCAGUCACCUCCCCCGGCCGAUCCCUACACAUCUUACCAUCUGUCUUCUUUGGAUGAGAUUGACUUGUACACAGAGAGGGGUGGAACGGGAGGAAGGCAAACUCCAUCUCGACCUCCAUCCAGAGAGCCUCGAGAUGCAAGGGAUGGGUGGCUGCUCAAAGCUCACGGUAGUGUGAAGUGCCAGGGCUGUGGACUGGGCUGCUCCACAAUGGCCUCCUGCCAGAGGUGUGACAUGAUCCUCUGUGCUGCCUGUCAUGAUGUGGACCCCUCCCCUUGCUGUGGCCUCCAGGACUACCACCCCAAAUCUCCACGGCCCCUUGAUGGAUACAUUCCCGUCAAGGAAAAGCUCUCUGUCUACUCAAACACUCAUUCCCACUCCCAUCUCCAUCCGCACCCCCUCACACUAACCCACUCUCAUUCUCAUCCCCACCCUCACCCCCAGAUGGUGGAGAAACCCCUCAUGUCCACUAAGCUGUUUCCAAGCAAAUCUGUUGCCUUGACAACACCAAAGGGAGGCAGCAGUGAGCGACUAAGCAUGGGGGGAUCGCGAUGCGGGUUUUGCAACAAGCCAGGUGCAUCACACACUUGUGUGAACUGCUCGAAGGUGUCAUGUGACUCGUGCAUGGGCUUGUAUGCAAAGGAUAUGUGCACGCGAAAGAAUCCUCAGCACAGCUUUGUGCCCAACCAUCAGCUCAACUUCAAAUCUGGCACCAUAUCUCACCUGGUGUACCGAUGAAUCAGGCAGACAGAAUAUAUAUAUAUAUUUUUUCUCCCUCCCAGUCCCCUCCCUUAACCCGCAAUGUAGUCUUGCACUAUUGCUUUAGCUUCCUUCCUGCUUAAACAGUUCAUUCACUAUCUUCCCCUGUAUCUGAUGGUCUUUUCUCUAACCCCCUCUUGAACUUUGUACAUUUUCUCUUACUGUCAGUAGGGCCGUGGAAUGCACAUGCCACAGAGAGCCAUAUCGUCUGCCCAUCUCUCUGCCUUGUAUAAGUUCAGGCCUUUUAUCUAUUUCUUCUUCCUUUUACCUUGCUACCUGCUCUUGAGUAGUCAUGUGAUGUUGUAGCGCUUCCCAAAUUCCUCAAAUUUUGCCCUCCUCAAAAGGGAAACUGGAGAAAAGAGAGUUAAAUUCUCAUUUUUUGAAUGAAUUCCGUCCAAAUGAACAUUAUACUUUGCCUAACUUCUCAGCUAAAAAUUCCUCUAAUAUAUAAAUAUAAAUAUAAAUAUAUAUAUAUAGUAUAUAUAUAUGUGUGAGUGAGAAUGUAUGUGUGUGUGUGUGCGUGUGUGUGCGUGUGGAAAAGACCUCUGAGCUUGCAUUGUGAUAAAGGAGAUCUUUUUAAACUUGAAAAAAUGUAGGGAAAAAGAGAAAACAUACACUGGAAGUCAAUAAGUCAAUAGUAUAUAUUUUUAAUCUCUAUUCUCUAGAACAAUGUGAGACUGUUAAAUGGGCAUGAGGUCUGGCAUUGGGAUUUUUUGGGGUUUCAACUUCUGUAUGUGGGUGCGGGGUGGGAGAUAUCUCAAAGGGACAUAUUGAGACAAUGGUCAGAUGCCAUAUAUUCUAUUUAAAAGAUUAUGCCUUGUAAAUUAACCCUCAAUUGUUUCUGGUUACACGACUGAGAUUUAAAUGCUGCUGUUGACUUGAGACAUUGAAGAUGUGUGGCGUUGAUUUCUUACUGGUGGUUGUGUCAGCUCCAAGCCCCCCUCCCCUCCCCCUCCCAUCCCCCCUGUCCAUUACACUCCUUAAGCCCUCAUGGUUCAUGAUGUUGUAGUGCCCCCUCACCAGAUCAGUGGUUCAGUGUCAGUCUCAGGUGGGGUCACAGGAAGUCUCACGCUGGGCCACGAAUCAAGUGAUCACGGUUCUUAGACAAUGUGUGAGCCUACUGAUUGGUUUUAGGCAGUAUGAAAGAAUAUACUCUAACAUGGUUUCUGUCUACCUCAAAUGGCUUCAGCUUAUACACCCAAUUUGACUUUGUGGUUUCAAACUAGCCCUGAAAACCUAAGAAUUGCUGUAUAUUUAUUACAUGAUUUCUUCUGUAAUUUGCAAACUUUUUUUUGUUUUAGCAGGAAAACAUUCACUCUUACAAUCAAGUGAGUCAGUCACUUUUAGAGGUUAGCGAACGUUAUUUAUUUUUGUGAGAUAAUCCUGGGCUUUCUUUGUGUGAACAACAAUUACAAAGCUGUCUCAUCGUGCAGCUGGUUACGGUUUGUGUCUGCACAGGUGACGGAGAAGAAAAACGUCAACUAUAAUGCAAUUUAGUACAAUAGCAGCGCAUCAAAUACUUGUGAGGCUUAAUCUGUCAGCAGGAUAAUUUUGAACCUGCAUUUUGCGACAGUGUCCUGAAUUGCAUUGUACUGUAAUUUGUCUCUUUUUGUCCGAUUGGCAAAAUAUCGCAGCCAAAGAAACCACACGAUAUGUUGCAGGCCAGUAUAACACUACCACAGAUUCAGAGCUGAACAGUCUUUCUUACACAGUAAAGACGUAACAGUUGCAGCUUUGCGAACAAACUAUUUAUCUAUUAAACUAUAUUUUGCAGGGAUUUCUGUGAAGUCCAUCUUUCUCAGCUACUUAUGUGUUCACAUUUUAAAAAGCCCCUUCUGUCCUAUGUUGGAAACUAAUGAAUUCAUUUAUUAGUAAACUUCAAAAGGCCUUUUUUUUUCUCAUCACAAUAUUCUGCCUACAUUUAAAACCAAGAGUCAGAAAUUUAGUGGGCAGCUUUAGCGUUCAGACUUUCUUUCUCCAUGCAAGGGGAGAAUUUUUUGUAUAUCGCAGUUGGUCGUCACAAAGGGCUAAUUUAAAAUCACAUUUCAUUGAACAAAAAAAAAAGUCUGAGUCAGGGUUAUUUUGACAGACUACUUAGGCUGCUGUAGCCUUUAUUUUCUGUCAGGAAUAACCUCUAAAUGCCUUAAGCUCAUUCAGCUGUCUUAUCCUACAGUAUUUAAGUUUCUGAUGUAGUCAUUUACUCUGCUUUGUGGUUUACCAGCCUAUAGGUUAAACAUUUUACAUGUUUACCAGACUACACAAACUUAAAGCAGUUCUGUGAUAGCUAAGGAAAGACUUCAGAGUAAUCUAAAAGUACACAUAAGCUUAUGGGUAGGUUUGUUUUUUUUUUUUCAAACAGAGCAUACCUACCAUGUGUAUUUACAGAAUUAUGCAGCAAUUCAAACAUUGUACACCUAUAUAAGGGUUACUGUCUGUAGUAAUAACCAUGAUUUGCUUAGAAGUCAAAUUUGGUAUCUAUUUUUGUUUGCUGACAGAUAAACACACAUAGGUUUCAGGAAACUUCUUUUCAUUCCUUCCCUUCAAACCUGAAAUUUGUGUUUUGUGUCUUCAUGUGUAUUAAUCGAAACAUAAAGAAGGGAUGUUUUGAUUCCAGUUGGAUGUAGUUUAAAGCUUCUUUGAGAAGAUGUUCUUGAGUCAGCAUUAGCUUACUUGGGUAUCAAAAAUGUUCUGAGUGACCUUAGGGGAGGUGUGCAAUUUUUUCUGUUUCCAUCUGAUGAAGCCUUUUUUUCUUUUUUUUUUUAAGAUAGUUUGAAUAUUUAUCAUAGAUAUAUUUCAGUUUCUCAUCUCUGUAUGUAAAUCAUACCAGCAACAAAGACAACUUUCAGAAGUAUUGAGCCAUGUUGCAAGAGUGAUCAUAUUGCCAAAUGAAGAACAAAUAUCUUACUGGAGUAGAAAACGAAAUCCUGUGGCUUGCCUGGAUGUACAGUUAAUGUAACAUAAAUCUGUGAUUUUGCUAAAGUUUAACUUUGUGUCUGUAGAUGUUGGCCUUUUUAAGAAGCCCAGAAAGAAAAUCAUCAACAUAGAUACCUACUCACACACCAUGGGAUGUGAAUUUGACUUGAAACAGUGGACUGAUAACUUGUGUAGGUCACUACAAAGGGCUAAACAGUCUUCAGGGCUGCUGCUAAGUUUGUGGGCACUGUUUUAGUGAGAAACUGACUUGUCAUAGAUAAAUAUCUAAUGUGGAGAUUACAUUCAUCAGUGGAUAUGAAUUACUGAUGCUGGGGAAGACAAGCAUAAUGGAAUACAUCGAGCCAUUUUAACAUGAUUGGUUUAACCCACGCCGGACACACUCAAGUCAUUGUGGAAGUCAAUACUCCCUUUACCUCUUUGUGUGUUUAUCUUACUGAUAUUAACAGUGGUGGUGUAGUUAGGCAGCCUCUUUACCAUUCCCUGUUUCCCCUAACCUUUUUCUUGGCAUGCUCUGUACAAGGACCAUACCCAUAUCCCCCCUCCUGACCCUCCCACCCCCACCCACCUUGGCACUGAGGAUCAUUGCACAAUGUGUAUGUGAAGGGGUAUGGACCUUACGAUCAAUAUGUGGGCAUACAUGGGGUGGAAAGGGAAAAUAGCCAAAAUUGUUAAUUGGUGAAUAUAUAUGAGAUGAAGAGAAAUGAAAUGAAACAAAACGUAAAUGAGAUUUUAUAAAAUAAUUUCAAGAAUAAAAUUCUGAAAA